CAGAAACAGCUUUCUGCCAACAGAACGCGCUCAGAAUGGCUUUGAAGAGGAGCAGCAACCUUUGAACAUCUCUCCUCCCUCCUCUUUUUCUUACUCUUGUAAAUGAUGGAUUUAAAAAAAGACAUUUAACCCUUUGAGAUUUGUCCUGGAUGCUUUUUUUUUUCGUUUCCCCCCUUCUUGCUCUUUUUUUUAAAAUGGUUUAGCAGCCAGAGGUGCUGUGUUAAAUUCUUGGAAGGGGCCCGGAUGUACUGAGGAUGCAUUGCAAUUUCACUAAAGGAGGCAGUAGUGGAAAGGAUCAGUUUUUGGUGUUUGAUGCAAUAAUGGGAAUCAGGUAAUAAUAAAAGGGGAGAUACUGCAGCUCCAUUCUUCCUUGAAUUUUACCAAGCCGAUAUUUGGAGGGAUUAAUCUGGACUCAUUUUAAAUGGUCAAUGAAAACAAGAGGAUGUACAUUCCAGAAGAAAACCAUCAAGGUUCCAACUAUGGGAGUCCCCGUCCAGCUCAUGCCAACAUGAAUGCCAAUGCAGCUGCAGGGCUUGCCCCAGAGCAUAUCCCUACUCCAGGGGCAGCUCUGUCCUGGCAGGCUGCUAUCGAUGCUGCCAGGCAGGCCAAAUUGAUGGGUAGUGCUGGCAAUGCAACAAUAUCCACAGCUAGCUCCACGCAGAGGAAACGACAGCAGUAUGGGAAACAGAAAAAACAGGGUACAACCACAGCUACACGUCCUCCCCGGGCAUUGCUGUGUUUAACGCUGAAAAAUCCCAUCCGGAGGGCAUGCAUCAGCAUCGUCGAAUGGAAACCAUUUGAAAUAAUUAUUUUACUGACUAUUUUUGCCAAUUGUGUGGCCUUAGCUAUCUAUAUCCCCUUUCCAGAAGAUGAUUCCAAUGCCACCAAUUCCAAUCUGGAACGAGUGGAAUAUCUCUUUCUCAUAAUUUUUACAGUGGAAGCAUUUUUAAAAGUAAUAGCAUAUGGACUUCUCUUUCACCCCAACGCUUACCUCCGCAAUGGCUGGAAUUUACUAGAUUUUAUAAUUGUGGUAGUAGGGCUUUUUAGUGCAAUUUUAGAACAAGCAACCAAAGCAGAUGGGGCGAAUUCAAUAGGAGGGAAAGGUGCCGGAUUUGAUGUUAAAGCACUGCGGGCUUUCCGAGUGUUACGCCCCUUACGACUGGUAUCCGGAGUUCCUAGUCUCCAGGUGGUUUUAAAUUCCAUUAUCAAGGCUAUGGUCCCCUUGCUGCACAUUGCUCUGCUGGUGCUGUUUGUCAUAAUUAUCUAUGCCAUCAUUGGACUGGAGCUAUUCAUGGGGAAGAUGCACAAGACCUGCUACUUCCUGCAAGGUGGAUUACUAGCGGAAGAGGACCCCUCUCCUUGUGCCCCUCUAUCAGCGCAUGGACGGCAGUGCCAGAAUGGCACUGAGUGCAAACCAGGAUGGGAGGGGCCCAAGCAUGGCAUUACCAAUUUCGACAACUUUGCCUUUGCCAUGUUAACUGUGUUUCAGUGCAUCACUAUGGAGGGCUGGACAGAUGUACUGUACUGGAUGCAGGACGCUAUGGGCUAUGAGUUACCAUGGGUGUAUUUUGUCAGUCUGGUCAUCUUUGGAUCCUUUUUCGUUCUAAAUCUGGUUCUUGGUGUGUUGAGCGGGGAGUUUUCCAAAGAAAGAGAGAAGGCAAAGGCUCGGGGUGACUUUCAGAAGUUGCGGGAGAAACAACAACUGGAGGAAGACUUGAAGGGGUACCUGGAUUGGAUAACUCAAGCAGAAGACAUCGAUCCAGAAAAUGAAGAUGAAGGCAUGGAUGAGGAGAAGCCCCGAAACAGAAGCACUCCUGCUGGCUUGCCUGAUAAGAAGAAAGGGAAGUUUGCUUGGUUUAGUCACUCCACAGAAACCCAUGUGAGCAUGCCUACAAGUGAGACUGAGUCCGUGAACACAGACAAUGUGGCAGGAGCAGAUAUUGAAGGAGAAAACUGCGGUGCUAGGCUGGCGCAUCGGAUCUCCAAAUCUAAGUUUAGCCGCUACUGGCGCCGGUGGAACAGGUUCUGCAGGAGAAAGUGCCGAGCUGCUGUCAAGUCCAAUAUUUUCUACUGGCUGGUGAUCUUCCUUGUGUUUCUCAACACCCUUACCAUCGCCUCUGAACAUUACAACCAGCCAGACUGGCUUACAGAGGUCCAAGACACUGCCAAUAAGGUGCUGCUAGCUCUUUUCACGGCAGAGAUGCUGCUGAAGAUGUACAGCUUAGGUCUCCAGGCCUACUUUGUAUCUCUCUUCAACCGCUUUGACUGCUUUAUUGUUUGUGGAGGAAUCCUGGAGACCAUCCUGGUGGAGACCAAGAUCAUGUCACCGCUGGGCAUCUCGGUGUUGAGAUGCGUCCGACUCCUGAGAAUAUUUAAAAUCACAAGGUAUUGGAACUCCUUGAGUAACCUAGUGGCUUCGCUGCUGAACUCAGUCCGCUCCAUCGCUUCCCUGUUGCUGCUUCUCUUCCUCUUCAUCAUCAUCUUCUCGCUCCUGGGAAUGCAGCUCUUUGGGGGCAAGUUUAACUUUGAUGAGAUGCAAACCAAGAGGAGCACAUUCGAUAACUUCCCCCAGUCCCUCCUCACGGUGUUUCAGAUCCUGACUGGGGAGGACUGGAAUUCGGUGAUGUAUGAUGGGAUCAUGGCUUAUGGCGGCCCCUCUUUUCCAGGAAUGUUGGUCUGUAUUUACUUCAUCAUCCUCUUCAUCUGCGGAAACUAUAUCCUGCUGAAUGUAUUUUUGGCCAUCGCUGUGGACAAUCUUGCCGAUGCCGAGAGUUUGACAUCUGCUCAGAAAGAAGAGGAAGAGGAAAAAGAAAGGAAAAAACUAGCUAGGACCGCUAGUCCUGAAAAGAAACAGGAGAUUGAGAAACCAGCUGUGGAGGAGGAGACAAAGGAAGAGAAAAUUGAGCUGAAAUCUAUCACUGCUGAUGGAGAGUCCCCGCCUACUACCAAGAUCAAUGUGGAUGAUUAUCAGCCCAAUGAAAAUGAAGAGAAGAACCCAUAUCCUACUACAGAAGCUCCAGCAGAGGAAGAGGAGGAGGAGCCUGAAAUGCCUGUCGGCCCUCGGCCACGCCCAAUGUCUGAACUGCACCUCAAAGAGAAGGCUGUGCCCAUGCCGGAUGCCAGUGCUUUCUUCAUCUUCAGCCCUACCAACAGGUUUCGUCUCCACUGCCAUCGAAUCGUUAAUGAUAACAUUUUCACCAACCUGAUCCUCUUUUUCAUCUUGCUCAGCAGCAUCUCCCUGGCAGCUGAGGACCCUGUCAAACACUACUCCUUUAGGAACCAAAUCCUAGGCAAUGCAGACUAUGUCUUCACUAGUAUCUUUACAUUAGAAAUUAUUCUUAAGAUGACUGCAUAUGGCGCUUUCCUCCACAAGGGCUCCUUCUGCAGGAACUACUUCAACAUCCUAGACUUGCUGGUGGUCAGCGUGUCUCUCAUCUCCUUUGGGAUCCAGUCCAGUGCCAUCAAUGUAGUGAAGAUCUUACGUGUCCUGCGAGUGCUCAGACCACUGAGGGCCAUCAACAGAGCCAAGGGACUAAAGCAUGUGGUCCAGUGCGUAUUUGUAGCCAUCAGAACCAUCGGAAACAUUGUGAUUGUCACCACUUUGCUGCAGUUCAUGUUUGCCUGCAUUGGAGUUCAGUUGUUCAAGGGCAAACUAUAUAGCUGCAGCGAUAGCUCCAAGCAAACACAAGCAGAAUGCAGGGGGCAUUAUAUUUGGUACAAAGAUGGAGAGGUCACCCAUCCAAUGAUCCAGUCCCGCAAUUGGGAGAACAGCAAGUUCAACUUUGACAACGUCUUGACUGCCAUGAUGGCACUCUUCACUGUUUCAACCUUUGAGGGCUGGCCAGAGCUGCUGUACAAAUCCAUUGAUUCUCACAUGGAGGACGUGGGACCCAUCUAUAACCACAGGGUGGAGAUCUCCAUUUUCUUCAUUAUCUAUAUCAUCAUCAUUGCUUUCUUCAUGAUGAACAUCUUCGUUGGUUUCGUCAUUGUCACAUUUCAGGAACAAGGAGAGCAGGAAUACAAGAACUGUGAGCUGGACAAGAACCAGCGCCAAUGUGUUGAGUAUGCCCUGAAGGCCCGCCCCCUGCGGAGGUACAUCCCUAAGAACCAGUACCAAUACAAAGUGUGGUAUGUGGUGAACUCCACCUAUUUUGAGUACCUGAUGUUCGUUCUCAUCCUGCUGAACACCAUCUGCCUGGCCAUGCAGCAUUAUGGUCAGAGCUGUCCCUUCAAACAAGCCAUGAAUAUCCUCAACAUGCUCUUCACAGGUCUCUUCACUGUCGAGAUGAUUCUGAAACUAAUCGCCUUCAAACCCAAGGGUUACUUUAGUGAUCCUUGGAAUGUUUUUGACUUCCUCAUCGUAAUUGGCAGCAUUAUAGACGUCAUUCUCAGUGAAACUAAUCCAGCUGAACAUACCCAAUGCUCUUCCUCUAUGAAUGCAGAGGAAAACUCGCGCAUCUCAAUCACCUUUUUCCGACUCUUCCGCGUGAUGCGUCUUGUGAAGCUCCUGAGCCGUGGGGAGGGCAUCCGGACGUUGCUUUGGACCUUCAUCAAGUCCUUCCAGGCUCUCCCCUAUGUGGCUCUUUUAAUAGUGAUGUUAUUCUUCAUCUAUGCGGUGAUUGGAAUGCAGGUGUUUGGUAAAAUUGCUCUGAAUGAUACCUCGCAUAUAAACCGCAACAACAACUUUCAGACGUUCCCUCAAGCAGUGCUGCUACUCUUCAGGUGUGCCACUGGUGAAGGCUGGCAGGAAAUCAUGCUUGCGUGUCUGCCAGACAAUAAGUGCGAUCCUGAGUCAGAACCAACCAACUCUACUGAAGGCGACCAUUCCUGUGGGAGCAACUUUUCCAUCUUUUAUUUCAUCAGCUUCUACAUGCUCUGUGCCUUCUUGAUUAUCAAUCUUUUUGUAGCUGUUAUUAUGGAUAACUUUGACUACUUGACACGGGACUGGUCCAUUCUGGGGCCACAUCACCUUGAUGAGUUUAAAAGGAUCUGGGCAGAGUAUGACCCUGAAGCCAAGGGACGGAUCAAACACCUGGACGUCGUGACGCUGCUCCGGCGGAUUCAGCCUCCGCUGGGCUUUGGGAAGCUCUGUCCUCAUCGAGUAGCUUGCAAACGCCUAGUCUCUAUGAAUAUGCCACUGAACAGUGAUGGGACUGUCAUGUUUAAUGCCACCCUCUUUGCAUUGGUCAGAACAGCACUGAGGAUCAAAACUGAAGGUAACCUGGAGCAAGCCAAUGAGGAGCUGCGAGCAAUCAUUAAGAAAAUCUGGAAGCGCACCAGCAUGAAGCUGCUGGAUCAGGUUGUGCCCCCGGCAGGCGACGAUGAGGUGACAGUCGGGAAGUUUUAUGCCACUUUCCUGAUCCAAGAGUAUUUCCGGAAAUUCAAGAAACGUAAAGAACAAGGCCUCGUGGGCAAACCCUCACAGCGGAAUGCUCUCUCCUUGCAGGCCGGGUUGCGCACAUUGCAUGACAUUGGGCCAGAGAUCCGACGGGCGAUCUCCGGAGACCUGACAGCUGAAGAGGAGCUAGACAAGGCCAUGAAAGAAGCUGUUUCCGCUGCCUCUGAAGAUGAUAUCUUCAGGAGGGCUGGUGGCCUGUUCGGAAACCAUGUCAGCUACUACCAAAGUGAUGGCAGGAGCUCAUUCCCCCAGACAUUCACCACACAGCGCCCUUUGCACAUCAAUAAAUCUGGCAACAACCAGGGAGAUACAGAGUCCCCAUCACACGAGAAGCUAGUGGAUUCCACCUUCACUCCCAGCAGCUACUCGUCUUCGGGCUCCAACGCCAACAUCAACAAUGCCAACAAUACAGCCUUGUCCCGCUUCCACAGCCCACCCAGCUACCCAAGUACUGUCAGCACAGUGGAGGGGCAUGGCACACCCUUGUCACCCACCAUACGAGUGCAGGAGGCCCCCUGGAAACUCACUUCCAAAAGCUCCAAUUCCAGAGACAGCCAGCUGGCAAUCGUUUGCCAAGAGGAAGUGUCUCAGGAUGAGACUUACGAUGAGAAUUUGAAUGAAGACGUAGAGUACUGUAGCGAACCAAGCCUGAUCUCCACUGAAAUGCUCUCAUACCAAGAUGAUGAAAACAGACAACUGACUCCACCUGAAAACAACAAAGGGGAGGGCUCCAGGCAGUCUCCAAAGAGGGGGUUUCUUCGCUCCUCGUCACUGGGUCGAAGAGCAUCUUUUCACUUGGAGUGUCUGAAGAGACAGAAGAACCAAGGUGUAGAUGUCUCACAGAAGACAGUUCUGCCAUUGCAUCUAGUACACCAUCAGGCACUAGCAGUGGCAGGGCUGAGUCCCUUGCUCCAGAGAAGCCAUUCCCCAACAACGUUCUCCCCCCGGCUGUGUGCCACACCCCCUGCCGUGCCCUGUAGCCGUGGCUGGCCACAGAAGACCAUCCCGACUUUACGGCUUGAUGGAGUGGAGUCCAGUGAGAAACUCAACAGUAGCUUCCCAUCAAUACACUGCAGCUCCUGGUACUCUGACAGCACCAGCUGCAGCAGCCCUCGGAGAGCCAGGCCUGUCUCCCUCACUGUCCCCAGCCAGACUGGAGGGAGCAGCAGGCAGUUCCAUGGCAGUGCUGGCAGCCUUGUCGAAGCGGUCUUGAUUUCAGAAGGACUGAUGCAGUUUGCGCAAGAUCCAAAGUUCAUUGAGGUCACAACCCAAGAGCUAGCAGAUGCCUGUGACAUGACAAUAGAAGAGAUGGAAAAUGCAGCAGACAACAUACUCAAUGAAGUGCCUCACUGUUCUCGUGACCUGGAGUAACCGGAACAGCGUUCUUCAUUCAUUUCUGUUGGGACGAGUCGCAGAGUUGGGUGGUGUAAGAGAGCUUUUCAGGAGCGAAUACAACCCCAGCAUGUGUCCAUGAGGAGGAGGAAGAGGUGGAGGAGGAGAGCCAGCUCCCGCUUGUUCUCAGUCGCUGCACAAGGAACGAUGGCUGCUUCCUGAAUGCAAAGGAGAACCUCAGCUUCCUGUGGAUGGCCCUAGCCAAAAGGACCCUGCAUCAAACGGGUGUCUUUCAACUUUGCUUGUAAAAAUCAUUUUGCACAUAUUCUGUAUGAGCCUCACCGUCUCCAUAAAGCCAAGGCCCUUUUGAUUUGGAAUAGAAUGAUGGACUUCUUCUCCUGUGGAUUCCAGCACCUUGUUGGGGAGGAGGAAGCAGAAGAAGCCUUAGGGGACAUGAGAGGCAAAUGGCAACACUGCAGGAAGGCUUGUUGACAGAAAAUGCAGAGACUCCCAGGCAGUGGUCUCUGCCAACCAAUCAGAGCUCAGGCAGUCACUUCUGCCAACCAAUCAGAGCUCAGGUAGCCAUGUCUGCCAAUCAAUCAGAGCUCAGACAGCCAGCUGUGCCAACCAGUCAGAGGGCAGGUAGCAGGUUCUGUCAAGCAGAGCUGAGGCAACCUGCCCUUUUAUAAGUGAGGUGGUGAUGGGCUUAUGUAGAUCUCUCCUUGUUUUUGCAGUUUGAUAUUUUCUUGAAAGCAUGUUCCAAUUUUUAUUUUGAAUAUUUUUGUUUUGUUUUGGAGGGAGAGGGGAGAAAGGCGUGUUUACAAAGUUUUGUAACCACCUACCCUUUUUGUUUUGUUAUGUCUUCACCUUUGCAAAUGUUAAAUUGGUUUGGUUACAUUGUAUUAUUUAAACUAUUUUUUCUCCAUUGAAAUUCGGUAGAAGCUAUAAUGAUAGAAGAGUUUUAUCAACCAUUAUGUACACCAAGAAUUUGUAAUUUAAUUUGAUAGUAAUUGAAAUCUCCUUUUUUUUGUUGUUGUUUUAUAAUUUAAAGAUAGUAGGCAAUGCACUUGAUAUAGUCUUGCACAUUUGAGUGAUUGACUUGGAUUCUUUUUAGUGCUAGGUAUUUUUGUGAGUGUGUGUGUGAGCGGCACUGAGUGAGGGGGUGUGUGUAUGUGUGUAUAAGUGCAGACAGUUCUCCACUUCCUGGUUUUACCUUCAGGAGAUCUGUAUCUGGGGCCAUUUGAAUGCAAAAACAAACCACUGUCUCUGCUUUUGAAAGGGGAAUCAGUAACUCUUUGCAUUUUCUGUUCCACAAGAUAUGCAAAAACAAUGCAAUAAUAUUAAUUUUAAAAUACAAUUGUGAGUUGUGUUGGCAUUAAAACUGUAUAGAAACAAAAUUAAGGGGAAAAACAAACAAAAGUGAGAAGGAGUUAUGCUUCAAUAUAUUCCGUGUGAUGUUUUAUUGCAUUGAUAAUGUUUCUGUUGAAGAAACCGUAAUACUUGAAUUCAGGUCAGUUUCAGUAUUUUUCAAAUAUUUUUUUAAAAUGAAUUGCAAUUGUGCCAAGCGAAUAUAAUGAACUGAAUUAAGUUUGUUUUAAAAGAUCACUUCUUGUAUAUUUUGCUGCAUGUAAAGUAAAUCAUUUCGUAUUUGGAGUGUGCCAAGCUUUACCUUUGAACUUUUAAGUGCUUUUCUACGUGUGGUUGGGGAAAUGGGUACUAAAUAUUUUUUUUCAUUUUUUAAUUUGUACAAUGAACAAAGUGUACCUAGUGUAAGUAACUAGUCUGCAAUCCACUGACAGGUUGAACGUUACUGAUUUUGCAUAUCUUGUGUUCACUUUCCUUUUUCCUCACUCCCUUAAACAUGCACAAUUAAUUUCUGAGUAGAGUAUCUUGCUUCCUGAAACCAGGACAUUUUAUCCAGUCUUCAUCCUCUUCCCUGUGCUCAGAUUCUCUCAGUAUUUCUUCUCACUAGGGUGGCUAAAUCCAUAUGCCAAGCUGAUCUGGUAAGAUUUCUAGGAACUCAGCUGGCACCAGCAACUCUGGGGGGAUGGGAUUGUAAUAUGUAAUGUCAUAUUUCUUUCACUGAAUCUCUAACUCUUGCUCAUCAGUAAUAGAGUUUUCUGGGUACAUGACAGGCAAAUGCAAGAGGCAGAGUCAUUAUCUAGGGAAAAUAAUCUAGCUCUGCCCUUGACUGAUAUUCCAGUGUAAGUGAGGUGAAGAGUUCCGAGUUGUUACUCAAGAGAAUUGCUCUGGUACUGCUCUCAGCUGGAGACACUGAGGGUUAGUGACAUGAGCCCAUAUUUUGCACUCCAAUGUGCAAUCUCAUCAUUCUCCUCAUACCUGAGUUUAUGGGCCAGGUUCUGGGCCUCAGUCAUACCACUUUAAAUCUGGCAUAACUCCACUGAAGUCAAUGGCACUAUGUCUCCCAUCCAUCUCAAUCUUGUUAUGGAAUCUGAACUUCCUCUUGUUCCUCCUCCGCCUGGCACUUGUCUCUUACUAGUGACAAACCAGAAGAGAAAUAUGUAGAUCUUAUGCAACUUGCUGGGUUUUCCUUGGAAAUGGAUUCUUCAUUUGAAACCACUUGAAACUGCAUCAUUUGGAAUCUUGGCUGUCUCUGUCUAAAACUCUCACAAGUUUUGCUCCAUUUUCCAGAUGGAUCCCAGAGUUGCAGAUCAGUACUGAAUAAAGAAGAAUGAUCUGGCUCAGGAAAAUCAGAACCAGACUUUCAUCCAAAACUUGAGCUUAUUCUGAGAUCUGAAAAUUUUUAGUUUAUGUAUAUUGUUUAUAUUUUCAUGCACCUCUGGACUUUCCUGGUUUUGAAUGGGGCCUAAAGGAGAAAUAACAAAGGGGUAUUUUGGGUGGUAUUGUAUUUAUUCCCAGUGGUAUUAUCAAGUGGCCAGCAGCACUUCAAUAUGUCCUGGAUAUCUUACAAGGAAAAGCCUCUUCUCAAGAGAUUUUUAUUGAACCAAAGAAGCUUGCAUCAGUUUAGCUACACAUGGCGGGGGGGAGGUGUCAAUGUCUUGAAAUCCAAGACUUACCUAGGCAAAAUUAUGCAUAGAUAUCAAUCAGCCCAGUGCUGAGCAUUGUUACUUGUUCUUUACUGAGACAAACUCUCCUGGACUUUUUCCUAUGACGAGGGUGACCAGACAGCAAGUGUGAAAAAUCAGGACGGGGUGGGGAGGUAAUAGGAGCCUAUACAAGAAAAAGAUCCACAAAUCAGGACUGUCCCUAUAAAAUCAGGACAUCUGGUCACCCUAACUAGACUUGCAUAUGGAUUCAGGAUUUUAUUUUUGGAUACUUAUCUGAUCCAAAUCAAACCUCCAAACCUUUUGAAGGUUCUCCAUUUUUAGGUUCUCCACCUCCUAUGUACUGGACCUCCAUGAUGCAUAGGUCCAGUGCUAUUGAAAAUGAAAUAGUCCCACUCCUAAUCACCUAUUUCUGAGAGAGAGUCAGGUGGCAGAGUCUCCCUAACUCAUUCUCUUUUACUGAAUAGUUCAUUUGGAUGCAUUUAGUGGUCACAUUUGUUGGUGCUCAUCAUCUCUGAAAAACAAGCUACUAAUCUGUAGUAGUCUUUAUUGAAGUCAGUGGGAGCUCUGGAUGCUCAGCAGGUGCUCAUUUCCUCUUAGGAUUUGGCCUCAGGCUAGAAGAUGAAGCUUACAUCAUCUACAUCCUUCUGUGAAAACUGCUAUUCCCUCAGUGAUCACCCCCUGCAGAGGGCUGGAGAAACUGAACAGUCCUCUACCUCCUACUGAUUUAAAUCCUUGUGCAGAGAGGACAAUGCAGAUGAAGAUGGUAUUUAUAAUUGGGGAGUGGUACAAAAGUCAGAACUUGCUGAUGCCAGCUGUGCUAAUUUCACUCUCUUUGGAAGAUGGCAAUUCAUUUAGGUGCUUUCUGACAUACAGAUUGCAAUAGGCCUGAGCAAAGAGCUACUGCCUCCUUCAAGUGGGGCAGGGUCUGGGCCAUGGUGGGGAGGAGAGGGCAGGUUUAGUUCCCUGGAGUGUCUUUCCUUUCCCUGUGUAUUGGAGCAAGUGUCAGGUACAAUCACUGCACUGUGGAUGGAAACAUUGAAGAAGUGAAUGAUUGAGGAGUUUUGUGUAAGGAAAAAGAAAGGAGGAAAUAGUCUUAUCUUCAUCAUUUGAGUGUGGUUGAUCUGCAGCUUGCUAAAAGUACACUGCAGACUAAAGACAUUUCUUACAAAACAACAAACCUGCUCUCUUAUCACCCCUGGUUAUUACUCCAGGCAGCACCAGGCCAGUCACACUGGAUGCAUUUCUUUUUUCUUCCUUAUUCUGUGUGGCUGCCAUAAUGGAAAAAGUGGGAUUGAUGAUUCAGAGCUGGAGUUUCCUUAUCCACAGACCUUUUCUGCAUCAUCUGCCUCUUCAGCUGGACAUAUGAAUGAUGAUGAUGAUGUAGAUGCUGCUGCUACUGUGAGGGGUUCAACCUUCAACCCAGUCUGGAGGGACAGCUGAAGGAGCGCCAUGUACAGAAUCACAUCUAUUUCUGCUUUGUUUUCUGACUCAAAACCCUGCCCCUUCGAUGUCUACGACAACAACAAAAGGGCAAAUGCAUUUUUUUACAUUUCUUGAUAAUUUUCAAAGCAAUGUAUCAUUGCUUUCUUUAGACUGAUGCCAAUAUAACAGUUGUAUGGGUCUCAGCCAGGCUCCUGUGUCUUUUCUGACUGCUAGUUUCAGAUUGCUGUGUGAAAUGUAUGCAUGUUUGCACACAGACACAAUCCCACAAGGUGACAGACUCACAAGCCAGUCAGGUUGCUAACAUGCUUUUUACAUGCAGUUGGAGGCCUCUUGCUUCUUACAUACAUAUGAAAAAACUAAUCAGCAAACCAGAGAAUAUUCUUUAAUGAAGCAGCCACAUUUGGAUAGAACUGAAUAAUAAUAUAUAUCCACAAUACAGCCUUGACUGUCCAAGUGUCAUGUGGAACAAUGAGUAAGACGUUUGGAAAUCGAGGGAUUUUAAAGUAAUGAACAUCUAUCAAGGGACCUGAAUUUACGUAAGAUAGUUGUGAGUUUUGAUAGGUUCAGAUAAUCAAGAUUGUAGUGCAUAUAAAGAAAAUCAUAAUUCCAGUCAAAAGACCUAAAUUACAUCUCACUAAUGCCAGUGUAAACCAAGUAUAAUUCAUUUGAAGCUAAUGAGGUAAUAUUGGUAUCACACCGGUGUGAAAUCAGAAUCAGGCCCAGAAAAAUUAUUUUUUCUUCCCUGAAGGAGCCUGACUAUAAAUUUUGCAUAAACCAGAGCUGUCUAUGUUUUUCAUUUUUAUUUUAAUAUCUGAUUUUAGUUGGCUUUGUAAGAUUAAUUUAAAAUGGGAAUUAAUGUAUAAGCCCCAUGAUCAAAACAGUUCUUAUCAGAAGUCCAGUCCCAAGAAAGUCCCUCUGCUGCUGCUUUGUUUCUGAGGAUCUUACAGUAAGAGCUGUAUGGCUUCCCUGCUUCAGUGGGCCUGACAUGGGGGCAGGUGAGAAUGGCUGCACAGCAAUGAAAUGUGUGGUGCAGCACUAAAAACAGAUGGGUCUCUAACUUAACUACAAAAGGUCUGUGGUAUCACACUAGGAUGAAAGUCUCUCCUGAUACUAAAUUCAGUGUCCUGUUCAAAGCCCCUAUUCUCCCCACCUUGUAGAGACUUUGCUUAAGAUGAGCAUAAAGAGCAGCUCCUCUUUAGAAGUGAACAGUCCUGUCUAAAGGGCUACCCAAAAAGCGCAUCUUCAAUAAGCAAACUGCUGUAGGCAUUUAUCUACUUCAGCAUUACGAAUGACUUCACAGGAGGCAAAAAUCAAUAGCCCACAAUCUCACACUGUUGCUUCUUUGUUCCAUCUCACUCAGACAACCUGCUUUCACUGAAGUCCAUCACAUUCUCCAGCCAUUGCUUUCACUUGGUCCAGGAGCAAACUGGCUGGGUCAUAAGCCAAAUGCUAUGCCACAAACGCAGACCAGGGCAGACAUGCCUCCUUCCUAGAACAGAUCCUCGCCCAACCUUCAAACAAACCUCCUUCCUAUGCAGUAACCUUCCCAACCAUCUUCCCCUACUUAGUACAGAGCCCUCUCACCACUAGUCUUCUCAGCUAUAUGAUAAAUGUCCUGAGUUGUCCAACCAGGCAAAAUGUAAUCUAUUUCCCAGAGAGAAUCCGGGGCCAGUUUGCUCCUGGCUCAGUCAGUCAGACUAGUAUUCAAUACUCCUUAAAACCUCUCAAUGCCAUGACUGCUUGUGGACGUGACAGAUGCAGGGGAGUCCAGUCCAGCUAUGAUAAUUUGAACGGGGGAUGAUCUCAAAUAACUAAAAGUGAGAUUUUGAAUAUCACGUUACAAACUGCUGCAUCACCCAAGAGAGAUACUUUUAAAACUGCCUUAACAAAAUGAAUUCAAAAUGAGGGGGUCUCCCUCCAAACAAGUGACACAUGGCAACCAGGGAAAAGCCAUUUGGGGGGUGAAACCUGGCUGGAAGUGGCUGGAAUCCAGCUUAAUUCCAGAGGUGAAAACAUAGUUUGGGGCCUGAUCCUGUAGUACUUACUCAGGAUAAAUUCCCCUUGACUUCAUUGAUUAAAGACUGCAAGAUCAGGACUUUACAAGGCAGAGGUGGGUAUUUUCUUGCCUGCAUCUGAUUAAUUUGGGGACUGAUCCUGUAAGGUGCUAAGCACAUGUAUUUCCCAUUGGCUUCUGCGGAAGAUUUGGUUGCUCAGCAUCUCUCAGGCUCAGCACUUAAACAUCAUUACCUGCUCGGACCAUCAGCUAUAAAUGUUGAUAAAUGUAAGUGUUUUGCCUUCAUUUUAAUUGCCCAAUGCUGUUAAAUGAACUGUCCUAGGUAUACGCCACCCCAGAUGUAAAUCUCCUCUCCCACACUUCUCUCCACCCCAGAGGUCCCUAUCAUCAUCACUGAAGUCCUUCCCAGUACUAGUUCUUUACCACAUCCCACAAUUUUAUACCCAGGUUUCAUGAAACCACAGAAAUGCUUUUGUAAAUAAUGCUGUACAGUUUGUAACUGUAAGUGUACGCCUGUCAUCGGUGCCAGAGUCCGGCUUGCCCUCUCGCACGUUUUAAAAAAUCAACGACAAAAAGUUAGAGCGAAUGGCCCACAAGUGAGCGAUAGGGUCAUCUCUGUGUGGGACAAAUGUAUAUUCCUGUAAGAUUGCAUUUUUAUCUAAGGAAUGAUGUUAUUUUAAAAAUUGCUAAUAAAUUUCUAAACAAUGCCUAGAUUGGUUUAGUAUCUGUAAAUUUUAUCAUAACUACUUUUACACACCCAUCCCCUUCUCUCAACAGUGUCUAAAAACAAGCCAAGUGCCUGCAAACCCUUAUUCACUUGAA